AUGCUUUUCACAGCCGGGUCAGAAGAGAAGGGUCACUGCCGUCCGAGAGCAAAGCGCAGGAAGGGGAGGAGUGCGGUGGAGAGGGGCAGUUCUUUCCAUCGUCAGGAUAAGGUGGCAUUGGCCGGUGGCGACGACGUGCUACAGUCUGGGCCUGCCAAAGACGGGGAGGGUAAGGGACGAGGGGCUGUAGGCGCUAAGGGCGACAGUGAUGGGGAGCGCAAGGGACGAGGGGCUGUAGGCGCUAAGGGCGACAGUGAUGGGGAGCGCAAGGGACGAGGGGCUGUAGGCGCUAAGGGCGACAGUGAUGGGGAGCGUAAGGGACGAGGGGCUGUAGGCGCUAAGGGCGACAGUGAUGGGGAGCGUAAGGGACGAGGGGCUGUAGGCGAUAAGGGCGACAGUGAUGGGGAGCGCAAGGGACGAGGGGCUGUAGGCGCUAAGGGCGACAGUGAUGGGGAGCGUAAGGGACGAGGGGCUGUAGGCGCUAAGGGCGACAGUGAUGGGGAGCGUAAGGGACGAGGGGCUGUAAGCACUAAGGGCGACAGUGAUGGGGAGCGUAAGGGACGAGGGGCUGUAAGCACUAAGGGCGACAGUGAUAGGGAGCAUAAGGGACGAGGGGCUGUAAGCACUAAGGGCGACAGUGAUGGGGAGCGUAAGGGACGAGGGGCUGAAGUCACGUACAAGCGGCGCAAGGUGGUUGACACGGGCGGUCACGACAGAAAAAUGAGGAAGGCUCGCCAGGGACGGAAACGGUACGCUUCACCCAGAUCGUCGUCCGGUUCCGAGGAGGGAUCCAGCGACGGGGAAUCUGGUAGUUCAUCUGGCAGCGAAUAUGGGGACGAGGAGGAGGAGGAGGAGGAGGAGGAGGAGGAGGAGGAGGAGGAGGAGGAGGAGAGUGAGGACCAAGAUCUGGAGCCGGAAAGCGAGGAGGCGGAUGAGGUGCGUCCCAAGAGAAAGGGGCGUGAUCGGAAGGCCAAGAAGGGCAUUCCUAAGAGGAACCGUGACAAGGGUCGGGACAAGGGCCGUAAGGGGCGCGACAGUCGUGGGAAAUCGCAUGGCAACAACGGUCGCCGGCGUGUGGUUUCCCAGGUUGUCCGUGUGCGCCCCAAAGUGAAGCCCGAGCCUGAAUUCUAUGCGGAGAUGGGAGUGAAAGCAACUGCUGCUCCUACUGGAUAUCUUGAUCGUAAAGACCAGACCCGAAGGAGGCGUGACGAUCGCGAGGACCCUUAUGCUGCUCUCAGAGGGCCAUCACUAAAUGCUGGGAAAGGAGCAGACCCGUUGCCUACAGGGUCAUGGCGUCAUAACAAGGAGGGAAAAGACCCACUUGCGAAGCGUCUCGAGACACGGGAUUCACCGGAUCUUGAUAAAGACGACUUUAAGCCCAAACGGUACGCUGACCCAACGGCCGCAGCAGCAAACGACGGUGUGGCAGCAUGUCGUUCCAAACCCCCUCUGCCUGCACUACGUCUGUUCUUGCUCAUUCGUAACCCCCUUGCCAGCCCCACAUUGUCAUGGUUGAUCCUCACCCAAACCCCUCUGCCCUGCCUGCCCCACCUCAGGAUCCUCACCCAAACCCCUCUGCCCUGCCUGCCCCACCUCAGGAUCCUAAACCCCAACCCCUCUGCCCUGCCUGCCCCACCUCAGGAUCCUCACUCAAACCCCUCUGCCCUGCCUGCCCCACCUCAGGAUCCUCACUCAAACCCCUCUGCCCUGCCUGCCCCACCUCAGGAUCCUCACCCAAACCCCUCUGCCCUGCCUGCCCCACCUCAGGAUCCUAAACCCAAACCCCUCUGCCCUGCCUGCCCCACCUCAGGAUCCUAA